CCCUCAUACUCUCUGCCACAUCUAUUGCAUGCUCUCCCUCAUCUCCUUCUUAUUCUCUCCUUCUGCAAUUAACCUCAACAACAUUAUCGCAUAAAAAGUUUCAUCCUAAACAACUACUACUACCAUGGCAGUUGAAGCUACUUACAUGAAUCUCUUGCCUUCUCAGCUACUCACGAAUAGAGAAAUCAUCAAACCCAAUAAUCAACAACAACAUCAUCUCUUAAACUCUGAUAUAUACAACAACACCCAGAUGGAUUCAGCUCUGCCUCUUCCUACAACAAUGCCUGAAUCAUUUUUACCCUUUUACCAAUCCACUGUUUGUGAUCCAAAUAAGUCCGAUAGUGGUCUCACAUACCAUAUUCCUCUACAAAGAAAACGGUCCAGAGAUUUCACCACCACCGAAUUAACCUCUCUCCCACCUCAUCAGAAGAACAAGCUCACCCCUGAAUCUUCAUUUCUCGACCAAGAAUUUCUCUACCAAUUCCAGAAUCAGCAAUCUGAGAUCGAUCGUGUCCUUGCCCAUCAUACAGAGAAAGUGAGAAUGGAAAUGGAGGAACAGAAAAUGAGGCAAUCAAGGAUGCUGAUGUGUGCGAUACAAGAGGCAAUGGCGAAGAAGCUGAAGGAAAAAGACGAGGAGAUUCAGAGAAUGGGAAAGCUCAAUUUUGUGCUCCAAGAAAGGGUCAAAAGCUUGUGUGUGGAGAAUCAAAUUUGGAAGGAGCUAGCACACACAAACGAAACAACAGCCAACUACCUACGUACAAAUUUGGAACAAGUGCUCGCACAUGUCGCCGACGACCACCGUCACGCCGCCGCCGCAGCUCCGGCGGUGGCGGAUGAUGCUGAAUCAAGUUGUGGGAGCAAUGGUUCUCCGGAGGCCGGAGAGGACACGGCGGGGACGCCGGUGGUUUGUGGUGGUGGUGAUGGGAGUAGGAUGUGUAAGAACUGUGGGGUAAAAGAGUCAAUAGUGCUGUUGCUACCAUGCAGGCAUCUGUGUCUUUGCGCAACGUGUGGGUCCACUAUACGCAAUUGCCCUGUAUGUGACUCUGGCAUGGAUGCUAGCGUGCAUGUUAAUCUCUCUUAGGACAAAGACAAAAAAACAUUUUCAUUGUAGAGUCUAGACCUUCACAAACUAGAGAAGAUUAUUUUUAUUUUUCUUUUGUCAAAAUGACAAUGUUAGAAAAAGAAAAAAAAAAGAAAGAAAUAGAAUUUAGAAUUCU